UGCUUUUGACCUGACCUUUCGGUUCGUUGCAGUCCCCUUCAAUUUUUCUACUGUUUGAAAUCCCUACACUGGGAAGACUUUGGAAAUUCCCUUUACUUUCUCUCUCGAGUUUGGGUAUUCUCUGAAACAUUCGAUUAUUGAAUCGAUUUUGCCGUUGAAGACUUCGUAUUAACGUUACCGAUUUGUAUCUUGAAUUCUUCUUAAGACUUGGAGGGGAAGCACACAUCUAGGAAAGAGUAUGAACGCUGAAGGGGUGAGGGGACCUCCUUUAAGAGGUCACCGAAGGAGGAAGGCAGCACUGGACUUAAAUGUGGCACCAAAUGAAAACAGGGAUCACGAGGGUACUUCAUCUCAGAUUGAAGCUCAGCCAGCACAAACUGGCCAACGACAGCCUAUACCACCUGCUAGGAUUGAUGUUGAUGCAAUUGACGAGGACAUUAUUGAAUCUUCUCCCGGGGCCUUUGCAGAAGCCACAAAAAAUUCCAGAAGGAAUCGCAGAAUUAUUGUACUUGAUGUAGAUUCAGGGCAAACAACUUAUGUGGGUGAUACUCCUCGCGUCAAGCGCACUAAGGUUCUGCAAAAUCAAACAAACUUCCAUUGUGAGCUUUACAUAAAUUGUGGAACCAGUAGCAAAUCUAAGAGAGAUGAUGCUAUCAACAUGGCCGAACCAUCUAUGCGGCCACCGCCAGCACCAAAGGAGCCCACAUUCAGUUGUCCAAUUUGUUUUGGUCCGUUGGUUGAGGAGAUGUCAACAAAGUGUGGUCACAUUUUCUGUAAAACAUGCAUUAAGACGGCCAUAGGAAAGCAGGCCAAAUGCCCUACUUGUAGGAAAAAGGUCACUGUUAAGGAACUUAUUAGAGUGUUCCUUCCAACAACCAAUUGAAUGUGAGGCUAUGCUUCAAAGCAAUUUUAUCGUUAUGUAAGCUUAUAUAUUGCACCGUUUAUUGUAGUAAGAGCCUUUUGCCGUGGUUCUAUUAUUUACUCGUAA